GUUCACCGUCGAUCCAAACUCAUCUCCCCACACCCUCGAAUCAUCAGCCUCAGCUCCCAUGGCGCCCAAGGCGGAGAAGAAGCCGGUGGCGGAGAAGGCCGAGAAGACCACGACGGCGAAGAAGACCAAGGCCGAGAAGCGGCCGCCGGCGUCCAAGGAGGGCGGCGAGAAGAAGGGGAAGAAGAAGGCCAAGAAGAGCGUGGAGACGUACAAGAUCUACAUCUUCAAGGUGCUCAAACAGGUGCACCCGGACAUCGGCAUCUCCUCCAAGGCCAUGUCCAUCAUGAACUCCUUCAUCAGCGACAUCUUCGAGAAGCUCGCCGGGGAGUCGGCCAAGCUCGCCCGCUACAACAAGAAGCCCACCAUCACGUCAAGGGAGAUCCAGACCUCCGUCCGCCUCGUCCUCCCUGGCGAGCUCGCCAAGCACGCCGUCUCCGAGGGCACCAAGGCCGUCACCAAGUUCACCUCCUCCUAGGCUUCAUCCUCGUUUCUCAAUCCGUUGGACUCUGUAUGUAGUUAGCUGCAAGAUUGUGUUCUGAAUGUGUAAUCUUGUGCUGCUUGUGGGUCUGAAGAAAUAUUCAUAGGACUGGUUAAUGAAUAUUUUUGCCGCUUGAAGAAAUAUUGUGUGUCACAUCA